GCGGGUAAGACACACGGCUGGGCAAAGCUCAGUCUGACUCUGCAGUUUCCCAACGCAGCAGGAGUAGCAGCUGAUCUUUCUGCCUCAGCAAUGGCAGAAGCUGUCAUAAGACAUUGGGUGGAAACUCCUGUACGCUACCAGGAGCAGUUUGUUGACCAAGAGCUGGAAGCACACAGACUGAACCACCUUUUAUAUGCUUUGCCGGGCCCUGCCACCGCUGCACAGAGCGACCCAAGGUGUGCCACAGAAAGCACGGCUGGGGCCAGGAAGAGCGGCCAGGAGGAGGAAAACACACACUUUCGGGUCUUGCUGGAUGUUGUGCAGUUCCGCCCCGAAGAUAUCAUUAUCCAGACUUUCGAAGGCUGGCUCCUGAUUAAAGCUCAGCACGGGCCCAGGAUGGACGAACAUGGUUUCAUAUCCAGAAGCUUCACCAGACAAUACAAAUUACCUGAUGGAGUGGAGAACAAAGACUUGUCUGCACUUUUCUGCCAUGAUGGCAUUUUGGUUGUUGAAAUGAAGAACUCAGUGGAAAAGAAUUAGAACCAUGUCUAUAGUUAUCGGUGAGAUAAAAUCAUUCUUAAUGUAACAAAAUUAUAUCAAUCAUGCAAUGAUGUAGGGUGUAGUAAGCAUGUAGCUGUAUUUAUUAAAGGAAAUUAUUUGUAUAUAUUUUUUGUAUGCUGAGUUUACUGUUUGAUGUGAACUGUUAUACUGCUUGCCUCCAGCUACUUAUAGGUUGAAAACACAGGCUGUUCAAACAGUAGCAAACUAAGGCUAGUCUCAGCAGGAGAAAAGAAAAAAAUCUAUUUGAUAACAUAUUGAAAAUGGAGCACAGUUUUGAUUUAAUUAGCAGGAAUUGUAUUUCUAAGCAAUAAGCAUUUGUCAUACAUAGUCAUAAAUAUUAAAGAAGGAAUGGACAAGUUGUGAAUCUUAUGGAAAUUUAUGUACCAAAAAAUCUGUUUUCUAAGUUUUGAGAUUAAAUUCUUCUCUCUGGAAAAGCACAUGAACUGAAAUAUACCAUGAAGAGAAAAAUCCCAAUUUCCACAGUUCAAGAUUCUAUACCAAAAAACUCUCAAGAGAUUACUUUUUAGAAGUGUGUUGCAUGUUUCAAACUAUGAGAAAAAAUAAUUUAUUUGCUUGACUUUACUUGCUUGAAAACACAAUAAAUAGAAAUUGUACUUUCUGUCAAAUUAAUUUGAAAGAAAACCUUUAAAGACAUUUUAGAAAAUUGGUUUUGUUUAAUAUAAUAACUGAAGAAAAAAAAAUUGCUUACAAAAGCACCAAAUUCUUCUUUGUGAAACCUCAGUAAUAAAAACACAUUGCUCUUGCACAAAUGCCUUUUUUUCUUAUACAUUUUAAGUAAUCUUGUUAUUUAAUCUGAUGAGUAUUUAAUUGUCCAUGUUCCUGGACAGUUUAGGCUGAAAUCCCACAACUUUGUCUUCAAGAAAAAAUCUGUCUGCCAAUGGUAAUCCCCCUCUCCCC